AUGCAGAAGCCUCCGGAUCUCAAAUGCACUCACGCGAAACCCAGUUCCGAUGCAGACAGGAUCGGCACUAUGAAGCAGAACGCUGUGAACGCUCCGUUGGGGCUUGCACGCAUGGUCUUUGUCCCUGAGUUCGGCUACCAAACGUACGGAGAAGUCACGCUGCGGCUCUUAAUAGCAAAAGCCACGGCGUUGAAACAGGAGUGGUCAGAUAAGACGAAGUAG